GUAAUGCGGUAGAAACAGAUGAGAGAUCAGCCAACUGGACAGAAAAGAAGCAUCUUUGCAUUCAUUUUGAGUCAGUUUCUCAAACGUUAAAUCAUUGCUAUAAUUCAUCACUUAACAGACUAUUCGUCUGUUGGUUUCUCGAAUUUCUCGAUUAUAUUCUAAGUUAAAAAUAUAAGGUGACAAAAGUUGAUUACUAUGGAAACAAGUAAGUAAUUAUAAACAACUGUCUGGGAGAACCUGAUACCCUCUAUUUGUGGACACCUGCUUUUUUAUUAUCCAGCAUAACCUUAUAUCCAUCGACAACCGUAUUCGUAAUAUGGAGAUCAUAUACCACCAAGGCGUGUUGAUGGCUGAGGCUCUUCAGCUGAGAACGAAACGAUUUGAAGAUUUUUGGCUUGUUUCUUCCCAUAUGGGAGACCCCAAAGCUGCAGUUCUCCUGUUAUUUCCAGUUGCGUUUUAUGUACAUCGGCGGACUGGCAUCGCUGUCAUCUGGGUGGCAGCUUUAUCAGAAUGGCUGAAUUUAGUCCUUAAAUGGAUCCUAUUUGGGGAGAGGCCCUACUGGUGGAUAAGACAAUCGGGCUUGUUUUCUGAAAACCCACUGAAUGUCCAGCAGUUCAUAUCCACUUGUGAAACUGGCCCAGGCAGUCCCUCAGGUCACGCUAUGGUCACUGGUGCUGUCUGGUGGGUGAUUGUGUCCUCUUUGGCUGUAUUCUUUCAUGCACGCACAGGCAGUAAGGUGUUAGCUGCAGUGCCGUACUUGUUUUAUGCAGUUUUGUUGGGAUGUGUAGGUCUUUCCCGGAUAUUUAUCCUGGCUCACUUCCCUCACCAAGUCAUCGCAGGUCUUCUGACAGGGGUGAUGCUGGGGGUUUGUCUGAACCGAUCUGUGCCUGAAGGUCGCCCUCUUCUGUUCUUCUUGGGCUACAGCAUGGCUCUUCUCUUUGGGGCUCUUCUGCUGCACUCUGCUUUGCAGAGCAUUGGAAUUGAUCUGUCUUGGUCUAUUGUGCUGGCUAAGAGGUGGUGUUCUCACUCAGAAUGGGUUCGAAUGGAUACAGCACCCUUUUCCUCUCUAACCCGUGAUACUGGGGCUCUGUUAGGUCUUGGACUUGCACAGUUUUGGAAGCCAGGUGGUUGGACUCUUCCUUGGGUACCCAGGACUCUUUGUCUGGCUCUCUCAUCACUGGCCCUCCACUAUGUCAACAGUUUCCAGCUACCCACGUUUCCUCCUCUGCUCUUCUACUCCCUGUUCUUCCUCAAAUACACUCUUGUGCCACAGGUGGUCAUGGUAUUAAUCCCAGGAUUUGUGCAUCUCCUAACAGCCAAACCCAAGAAAGACUGAAAAGGAAAAUUUUGACGAAUGUCAGAGACAUUUCUGGUGUCCUUAAACCAGACAUCAAUGCCAAAUGCGUAACACGGAAAGAACCAAGCGCUAAAACAUCAGUAAUUUAAGAAGUCUUAUUUAUAAACACGCAGAUAAUACAGGUAAUUACUCCAGUGCAUGAAUACAUUGAAGAUUUUUCUGUGCCACUAUAUACAGCAAGUACACUGCGGUAUAUAAAGGCUGUUAUAUACCCAUUUUGUCUAUCAUCUAUUUAAAAACAUAAUUUUGGUCUUUUAUAUAAUUGUUAUUUAAUUUGCUUGAAAAAAUAGAAUUGCACAUUUUUUCUGUGUGACCCAAACAUUUUCUUCUAUAACUUGACAGGUUCUUUGUAGAUCGAUGGAUCUUGUUCUACUUCGGUUGCUCAGUUUAUGUAGUCUUUUUAGAGUUCUUUAAACGGUCUUGUAUUAAAGGUGUUUUUAUUUACUUUAGCAAUAGCAAAAUAAUUCGGCAAAACAAGUCAAUGUUCCUGGCCUGACAUCUCAGUAUUUUCCAAGUUAUCGCUAAAGUGUUCUGAAAGAUUUCCAGGCAAGUUUCCUACUGUACAAUAUGUUCAUGUAUCCAGAUGAGGCUGAGGAAUUUCAAUGCAAUUUUAUUUGAUUUUCCUGACUUUUCUGAUCCAUUAGAAAGUAAUAUUACACAUUUGAUGUAUCAUUUAUGUCCACAGCUCCAUGGGAUGAGGUACUGUAUGUGGCUAGGUUAAAUAUUUAUCUUAAAAUUCUAUUUAAGAAAAAGUUAUGUUUCUUUUAUUCUCAUACAUGACAGCGGUUCUGUAUAA